AUCCCAAAUAAAAUUACAAAUAGAGAGAAAGAGAGAGAGAGAAGCCUAUCUCUUUCCAUCUAUCUCUAAUCAAAUAUUUAUAUUUCCCAAAUCGAGCCUCAGGUUUUGGCCAGAAGAAGGAAAACCCCUCAAAGCUUUAAUCUUUGCUUAAUCCAUGCCUUCUUUCAGGAAUUAGACAGGGUAUUGAUAAUUGGGGACUUUAUAGAUAGGUGUUGAGGUUGUUUGGGAAUUAUUAAGUUUGUGGAGUGAGUGAGUGUAUCAAGUUUCAAAUGCCGGAGGAGGACUUGGUUGAGCUCAAGUUCCGACUCUAUGACGGAUCGGAUAUUGGUCCUUUCCGCUACUCGCCGGCGUCGACGGUGGCAAUGCUUAAGGAGAGAAUCGUCACCGAGUGGCCUAAAGAUAAAAAAAUUUCACCAAAAGGAGCAAACGACAUAAAAUUGAUAAAUGCUGGGAAGAUCUUGGAAAACAGCAAGACUGUUGGCCAGUGUAGAGUACCAUUUGGAGAGCUUCCAAGAGGCAUUAUCACCAUGCAUGUUGUUGUUCAGCCUUCUGUAGCAAAAGCAAAAACAGAAAAGAAGAUUGAUGAGGCCCCGAGGAAAAACUUAUGUUCAUGUUCAAUAUUGUAAGAGAGUCGGACAAUCCUUGUGACAAUGGUGAAGACUGCAAAGUUUUGGCUGGGUCUCCUGGAACAUGGAAAUGAAUAGCUGGAGAGAAAAUAAUUUGUGCAACAGUCCAAUCCCCCAUUAUCACUAGGAGGGAGUUCCUGUUUAACACUGCAUGUUAGUGAAGUCUUUGCGUUUCAUAAAAUGGGUGCUUGAUGUAUUUUGGUAGCUUAGUAUGUAUCAGAAAAAAUACAUAUAAUUAUACAAAGCUUAUGGGGUUGAACUGGUCGAUGUUGUCUCUGUUUAUACUACAAUGUCUGUUAUAAUGG